UUCCUACUCGACCGAUUCUCCCUUAGCAGACAAACGGUUGCAGAGAGAUCUCUUUCGUUUCUUUGUUUUAUCCUCUUAAAUCCAAACCUUCGUUGUCUGUUCUGCUCUUGAAAGUGUAUAUAUAAAUGUCUGUAAAGAGUUGGGUUUCGUCUGUAUUGUGGGUUUUUCUUUCUUUCUUGCCAAAUUGAAAUUUGUUUUAAAUUUGUAAAGACGUUGAUUAAGGAAUUGGGUUUUCUUUCCCUCCUUUUUACGCUUGUUUCCUUAAAUGUUUGAAUGUGGUUUCUUGUUGUAUUAUAAAAUCAAGCAAACCCAUUCUUCCUCUUAAAUCUCCUUCAUUUGGGUUUCUUGAGUAGACAUUGCUUGAUUGAUUGCUUCAGCUUUAAUUGGGAUUCCUUGAGAAGGAAGAGGUUGCUUAUGGAGUCCUUGGUUUUGUAAUUUAGAAUCUGGAGUUGGGUUCUCAGCUAGAGACUAUCACAGCCCCUGUUUUCUCAAUCAGAUCUUUCUAAGGGUUCGAUUUGGGGCUGCCAGCCAAACUAUCAGAUCAGAAAACUAUUAUUUUUAAUCUGGAGUACCUUGAGAUUGAUUAUUUUGUCGUCCUGAGUGGGUGUCCUAUGGUUGGAAGUAGUGUAUCUAUAGCGAUGGCCGAAAGUGAGAUUGCUGCUCUAAAAGCAGCACUUCAAACUCAACAACAGCUUCUACAGAAAGUCUACAAGGACCUUGAAGAGGAGAGAGAAGCCUCAGCCAGUGCAGCAAGUGAAGCUUUAUCCAUGAUUUUGCGUCUACAAGGUGAAAAGGGUGCAGAGAAGAUGGAAGCCAGUCAAUACAAAAGAUUGGUAGAAGAAAAAAUGCAUCAUGCCGAGGAAUGUCUGUCGGUUUUUGAGGAUCUCAUGUAUUCAAAAGAAAUGGAGAUCGCUUCUCUAGAGUUCCAAAUUCAGGCUUACAGAUACAAAUUGCUGAGCCUGGGAUUUGGUGAUCCUUGUGUUGGGAAAAUGAAAUUCCAGGACAGUCAGUAUUUGCGGAUUAAUGAAGUACAAGUUGGGGAGCUUGGUUUUCCUGGAAAUGUAAGAAGGAACAACUCUCUGCCUCCAAUUCCACUUAAAGAUGCACAGUUGAAGAAGAAGCGCAAGGUUGGAAAUGAAGGAUCAACAGCUUCACUGCAAGAAUUGACUGCAAGGAAGAAUGAUGAAGAAAUACAGGUGGUGUCUGAGGAAUCUGUGGUUGGUGACUUCAAUUCAUACUGGGAACAAAUUAAAAGGUUGGAUGAACGAGUUAAAGAGUUAUCAUAUAGAAAAGAUGUUGAGAGAGUAGAGUCCGACUUGAUUUCAAGAAAUCAUGAUCUUUCCUCAACCAUGGCAGCAUCUUCAGUGUUGACAGGUAUCUCAAGGACUCGUUCGUUGAGUACAGCAGUGAGCAGAGACCUGUCAAUUGAUCCAAUGGGACGAGCCACACCAAUUAAAAUGGACCCUGAAAGUACAUCUUCAUGUUCAACUUCUAAGGUUGAAGAUUCUGAUGAUUUUCUGGGAUUUGAUGCAUCUAGUAGUAUUCCGUGUUUGGAAAGUGAAACAAUCAGAAGUUCUAUCCAUUCGACAACUGUGCAUGAUGUUUUUGAAGUCCCACAAAAUCAUGAAAAUCAGAAAUUUUGUGUAUCACAGAAACAAGAACAAAAGCUGAUCUUCAAAGGAGAGACGACCACCAGGCUCAGGAAGCAGCAAUCAGUCCCACCAGAAACACCUGAAUACUACUACAAAGAAAAAGAUGAGUGGGUAAAGAAAGUCUUGCUAUUUGCCCAUCGUGAAAACAAGUCACCUAAACCAAGAGAUGGGAUCACAGUUGAUUGUCAUUCACCUCUUUCUGAUCCCAAAUCUCCACCUCAGUCUGAGGUUCAGCAGCUUAAGAAAAGAAUUGAGCUACUUGAGGACGACAGAAGGAUUAUAAAACAAGAAUCUUCUGACAGAGGGGAAGAGCAAUUGAAAUUGUUGAGGGAUAUAAAUGAGCAGCUUAAGAUGAUACAAUCUGAGAUAGAUAAUUUUAAAUCUAAGAAGUCUUCUUCACGAGAUGAGUCUCAGUUUAGGUCUCUCAUUGAGGCAAUGCUGUGCUGUUCGCUCUAGUUCAGCCGCCGAACAUGUCUUAUCUCAGGAAAAAUUUCAGAUCUUCAAGCAAUAUUGCUUUCAGAUGUGAGUGCAGCAGUGUUGGCACAUCUACCAAGCAUCUACCAAGCAUAGCAAUGUAAAGAGAACUGCAGACGAAAAUUGUAGAUUAGAAGUGGUGCGCAUAAACUGAUAAUGGAUUGGAUUUGUACUUUUGUGAGUCAAUUUUUUUUACUGAGUGAGGAUUUUAUACUGCACAUCAAAUACUGUAUAAUAGAUAAAUUGUGUUCAUUGUAGGAGUUAUAUUGAAACAAGGCUUUUGUAUUGAUUUUGAAUAUAGUGAUUGAAUUUUGAAUACCUUCCCUCAUGCUGUCUCUU